AUGAGCGCGAGGGUGGUCGUGCGCAGGCCGGCGGCGUUUGACUCGCGGUUGGAGGCGGCCUUCGCCAGCGGCCUGCGCUUUCAGGAGGGUGGCGCCGCCGUGGCCGGCUGGGUGCACUCCUCCAGGCACGAGGCCGUCAGCCUCAAGGUCGCCAGCCGCAGGCGCAUGCUGCCGAAGCAGCCGCGUGCGACAGAGGCCGGGAUUGUCUACAACUUCAUCGUCCUUUUUCCAGGCAAGGACGCGCGGCAGGCGGCUGCGACGCGCGACGCCGCGGUGGUGGCGGUCAACAGGGGGGGCGCGUGCUCGCUGCAGGUGGAGGGCGGCGUGACGGGCCUCUGCGAAUACGCCGCGGACCUGGCGGAACUCGACCCGUUUGACCCGAAUUCCUCCCUCCUUAUUGAGUCCUCCAAGGCCACAAAAACCGCCGUCCCGCCCGAUGCGGCGCCCGCCGCGCCCGUCUGCCGGCUGGAGGGCCAGGGCUGUGACGGGGUGACGCUGAAUUGCUGCAGCUGGGCGUUCCAGGAGUGCGACCUGCGGCCCGACGCGCCGACGCGCGGCACGUGCCGCUCGCUGACGGGGCGGCAGGGGCCGACCUGCAAGAGGGAGGGGGAGGGCUGCAGCCACGGCUGGCAGUGCUGCCCGUUCCUGAAGUGCGCCGGCGGCGGGCCGGCAGGCCGGCGCUGCACCUGGACGCCGGACCAAGCGAGCCUCAGCGUGAACGUCACGAUGACGUCACCGGGCGGCUACGACGCGGCGGUGCAGGAGGGCCUGCUGUCGGCGGUGCAGCGGUGGCUGCUGCUGGAGGGCACCGGCGCCGCCAGCACGCGCGUGGUGGGGUACGAGCCGCUGCGCGCGCCGACGGCCGCGGAGUGGGAGCGGAGGGGGCGCAUGUAUCACUUUGAGGUCGUCCUGGGGGCCCCGACUGCGGCGGCCCUGGACGGCGCUGUCAGGGCCGCGCUGCGGGCGCUGGGCGGCGUGUUGGAGAGCGGCACGGCGUCGCGGAGCGCCGGCGGAUCGGCGAAGAGCGGCGGGGGCGGGUUCUGCGGCGUGCCAGUGUUAAGCAUAGGAGAGGGUGCGACGCUGUGCUCAUUGGCCAAGGCCUGA